AUGGCGUUGGGCCGCUUAGUUUUCUUAGCCUUAGUCUCUUGCAUUUUAGCAGAAGACGCAAAGGUCUACUUUGUAGAGAAAUUUGAAGGUGAACUAUAGUUGAUUUCUUCGUACCUUGAUCUUCUCGCAGCAUGGACUGAUUUUUCUCUGUCUUUCUCAGACGAAAGUUACACGGAUAGAUGGGUCGAAUCAACUUUUAAAGGAAGUGAUGCUGGGAAAUUCAAGUGGACCGCCGGAAAAUUCUACAACGACGCCGAUCUAGACAAAGGUAAAAAUAUAUAUUUCUAAACUGUUACUUUAUGGAUUUAUAAGCUUACUCCGAAAUCUACUUGCUCAGCUGUGAACUGUUGAUUAAUUAUUUUUGUAAAUGCCAGCAGAAACAGCAAUUUUCUCACCAUGCAGACAGUAUAACAAGAAUAUUUUGAUUGUGAACAGGUAUUCAAACAAGCGAGGACGCUAAAUUUUACGGUAUUUCUGCCAAGUUCGAGGAGGCCUUUUCAAAUGAAGGGAAAACUCUCGUCAUUCAGUUUCAAGUUAAACACGAACAAAACAUAGAUUGUGGUGGAGGCUACGUCAAGGUGUGUUUUCUGAUAGAAAGUUUUGAUAAUUCCUCUUUCAAAAUGUUGUUUUCUUGUUACGUUGUACAUAUUGUUUAACAAAAUUAAUGAUAGUGUGUUAUUUUACUUUCAAGUUAACAGAAUUUAAACUAUUGAAAUAUAAACAUGCUGGUUAGUGGUCAGGACCUUCUCAAGAACUUGUUUAUUGACUUCCUGAUUUUGGCUUUUUAUCUUACUUUUUCAGAUUUAUGACAGCAAAGUCGAUCAGAAACAAAUUCAUGGAGAUACACCCUACCAUAUCAUGUUUGGUAAGUUGGCUUUAUGUUGUUAUUGGAUCUAAGAUUAUUUUUAAUGCUUAUUGUUUCGUUGAAAGUAGCCAUUCACAUGCUAAUUAAUGUUGCUUGUUGUCGAUUCUCUUGUUAGGACCUGAUAUCUGCGGCCCAGGUACCAAAAAAGUCCAUGUGAUCUUCACCUAUAAAGGAAAGAACUUACUUACCAAGAAAGACAUCAGGUGCAAGGUGAAGAUUUAGAAAAAAUAUAGAAGGGAAACAUUUUAGGAGAGAGAAAAAGUCAUGAGAUGUUUAAACUCCUGACUUUUCAAUAAGCUCUUUCAGAGAAUUGAAGUUUUCUCAGGCUCUUAGUGGAGACAAAAGCAAGGGAGAUCUCAUAAAACCAAGUAUCAAGUUCGUAAUAAUUGCUCAUGACCACUCUGUUUAAUAAAGCAGUGAUAAAACAAGGAGAAUUUUAAUACUGAUCAUUCUUAGGACUUUAGGAGUUAACAGGUGUUCAGAAGUUUAGUGGACCCUGGAUCCUACAAACCUAUUCUUUAUAAAAAAAACCCUGUUAGGAUUUGACAGAUUUACCUGAAUUUUGUGGCUCCAUGCCUGCGCGAAAUAUCGGAAGCCCUGCUAAAGGUAAAGGGAAAAAGGACUGCCUGAUUGCUGGUUAACCCAACAUUAGUUCCUUUGAUAUUAAGGUCAAGAAACUAAAAAGCUUGACAGGGCUGUGCUCUAGCAGAGCCUGGUGGCCCUUGGCGCCUAACUUUUGUCCUCGGGUGACUAGCAAAUCUCAGAUUUUUCACACAAAUCACAUGGCGCGCACCCUAGAUUUUACAGUUUCAGAGCACUGGGCUCCCUUCAAUUUUUGUUGGGGCACAGCCUUGCUUGACUUUGAUAUUAUGGAUGAAAUUAAGUUGUGUUUUUUACUAACACAAUGCUUCAUUUUAGGAUGAUGAAUUCACCCAUCUCUACACACUGAUUGUCAAACCCGAUAACACUUAUGAAGUGCGUAUUGAUGGCUCCAAAGUGGAGAGUGGUGAUCUUGAAGCUGACUGGGACUUCCUGCCACCAAAGAAGAUCAAGGACCCUGAGGCUAAGAAACCUGAAGAUUGGGACGACAAAAAGAAAAUUGAUGAUCCUGAAGACAAGAAGCCUGAGGUGUGAUUUUAAUGUGACCAUUUAGUACAACUACAGUAAUCUUUUUGUCGGGAUAGUAGGGAAUUGGAGUGAGGCAAAUAGGUUAAAUUUUGUUUCAUCCCAGGAAGUUCUCAAGGUGGCUUCAGUUCCAAGUUGCCCGUAGAUAAGGUGUGAGUUUAGUACAAUCCUGUCCCAUGACUUAGAGGUGGGAACGAAAUUGGUCAUUGCCCUCUUAAAUAUGCCCUUUGAGCGACAAAAUUUAGUAACUGUAGUCAAACAUGAUGACCUGGCAGCACAAAUAUAUAAGGCUACUAUUUUGUAGGUAAAGAUUUCUAUAGUACUGCAAGCCUCGCAACUUCGAUAACCCUGACUAAAAUGGUCACCUGGUCAGACCUAUCUCCUUUGUAAAAUCUUAAAGAAAAAUUAUCUGCAGUUCUGAAACUGCAACAAGUUCUCCUUUUAGACUUGUAAUUUCUGUUGCUUGGAAAUCUGUAGGACUGGGAUAAACCUCAAAACAUUCCUGACCCUGACGCGAAGAAACCAGAUGACUGGGAUGAUGAAAUUGAUGGUGAAUGGGAACCACCAAUGAUCGACAACCCAGACUACAAGGUUGGUAGAAACUGUCUUCAACAAAGUGUGACAAAAUAAUCAGUAUUCCUUUCAUUUUGUUUACCAUCUAAAGAGUUUCUAGUGGGUAAUAUACACGAUAACUGAACUAAAAGAAUAUACUGCAGUGUGGAUGUGCUGUCUUGGUUCAAAUUCCAUUUAAUUUUCACAACAGAAGUAAAAUUUAUGUUUUCUUUGCCAUGUUUGUCUGCCCUCUUACAGGUAACUGCCAACUUAGAUUGUUUACAUGUUAUUUUAAAAGAACUGUUACUUUUACAACAUUAAGUUCAUUAAAGAAUUUAGGGAAAAGGGAGGCUUGUACUCUUCUAUGCCAUGAAUACCAAUGGCUCCUGUAACAAAAAGCCCCAGUGGUUUGUGUCACAUCAGAGUGUCAGGGUUAGAUGGAAUAAGUGUCACCAAAGAACAAGAAAAUCAUUUAUGACACUUUAGACUGUUAUUGAUCAAGUAUCAUCUUCUCUUGCAUAACAUUUCUUUUUUAUUAAUUUUAGGGAGAAUGGAAACCUAAGCAAAUUGACAAUCCCAACUACAAAGGAGAAUGGAUUCAUCCAGAAAUAGAUAACCCUGAGUAUGAAGCAGAUGAUGCACUCUAUAAAUAUGAUGAUAUUGGUGCCAUUGGUUUUGAUCUUUGGCAGGUAAGAACAAGAAAACCACAUUACACCUUCCCUUUUCUCAUAGAAAAUUCUGUUUUGUACAAUUUCAAGUCAUAUAGCUUGGGAACUACACAAGUGUUAAACCUAAUGCCAGUGAGGCAAAUCGUUUCUUCUUGCUCAAUAGCAUUAGGUUCAACACAUGUGAAGUUUGACAUUUGACCCUGGCUUAAGUGAUUUUGUGAUCCUACGUACAAUUGUCCUUUUGUUUUGCAAGUAAACACGAGGCAGUUUGAAAGUGAAUCUUAAACUUAGGUUAUUACAAGUCACUAGUGAGGCUGUUUCUAUGUGCUUCUUCAAUAUUGUCAUAUGGCUACAAGGCUUUGAAAGUAAAGUGUGUGUGUGUGUGUGUGUGAUGGGUAGGGGGGGUGGGUGAUUUUCCCAUUAAUGCAAGAUGAGCAGAAAUCUAAUGAGCCUCCCAUGCAGACACUCUUAGAGCCUCGUCACACAUUCUUUAUUCGUAGGAAAGGAACGUUUGAUGAAGCCUUCAGAACACUGCAACGGAGGCUAAAAUCCCCACUCAAAUUUGAGAAAAGGAUCUUUCUGUAUGUACCAUCACAAACCAAUGACAGUUAGCCCUCCUGGGAGCAGUACUGUGUUGAUUCUGUUGUUUUGCAUAAUUUUUUGAAGUACAUACAGACAGAACAAUGUAUAUACAUCCUCCCUUUCUCACGACAAAAUUAUGUGUAAUAAAAGUCUUAACCUGGCUUACAUUGAGCAGUACCUGGCCUCUGUUUGAUAUAACUCCAAUUAUUCCAUCGUUUACUUACAUUUGCUUUGUUUUUUUUUAACAGGUUAAAUCAGGAACUAUUUUUGACAACAUUCUAGUAACAGAUUCAGUUGAGCAUGCUGAGAGUUUUGCGAAGGAAACUUUUGACAAAACCAAAGAAGGUGAAAAGAAAAUGAAGGAUGAGCAAGAUGAGAAAGAACGCAAAGAACGGGAAGAAGAAGAAAAGAAACAGAAGGAGGAAGAAGCGAAAAAGAAAGCUGAGGAGGAGGAUGAGGAAGAGGAGGAAGAAGAAGAGGUGAGAAUAACAAAAUUAGCGUUAUUAAAACUUUAAGCAAGAAUUCAGUGAAUGACAUGGCCACUGUCAGGAAAGGUUUGCAUUUAACUCUUACACACCCAGAAGAGGUUUAAGUGAAACAUGGCAAAAUGUUCAAAUCUCAUUUUGCAAAAUGCUGGGAAACUAAUAGUACCAUGUGAAAAUACAGCGAAAGAGAAGUAAUUUGAAUGGUCGCAUCAUAGGAUUUCAUCCAGAGACUGGAAACUUAGAACCAGAUGGUUAAGAUGAAUUUCAAGUAGGGAUACAUGGAGUUCCAGACAAUGUUUUGGAUAAAAUAGUUUCCACCAAAAUGAACAUCUUUUCUUAGUGAUAACCAGUAAUUGUGUUGAACACCUUCAACAUUGCAUAUCAAUUUUAAGAGGCAGAUAGAUAGCCUGAAUUUCAGACAUAAUCUUCAAAUCAUCUGAAAUUCAGACUAGGGGAUAGAAUGUGCCUGUAAAAUUAAUUAUGUGCAUAAACAUUAGAGUUUGGGCCUGGUUGUUAGACAGUGUGAUGUUUAGGCCUCAUUAUCUUUAUAGCAAACCUACUACCUAACAAGUCUAAAGUAAUAGUUAGCCUGUACUGAGAUAAUAUUAUAUCAUUUUUACAAGGACGAAGAAGGCAAGGAUACUGAAGAGAAGACAGAGGAGGAAGCUAAAGAGGAAGAAAAGCCAUCUGAAGAAACUGCCACCGAAGAAGAGGAAGAAGAUAAAACAACAGAAGAAGCAACACCCAAAGAUGAACUUUAA